AUGGAUCGACCCGCAAAACGACAACGCAGAUCAGAAGAUGAAAAGCCCAAGUCGAAGCGCAAAGCAAAGCCCACAGUCAUCGACAGUUCCUCGUCCCCAAUAGAAGCAAUAGAACCAACCUCCCCCUUCGCAUUCUCCACACGACCAAAACAACGACUCCCAACAGCCUCCCCGCAAAAGCCAAAGUCCUCCCCAGACAAAUCAAAAUCCCUACACAGCUUCUUUAAACCCGCAACAGAAAGCCAACGAUGGACCAAGAUCGAGAAAUUAACUCCGACUCCAGUAACGGAUGAUGUCGAUCUCAACAUUGAAGACGACUACGAUUCCUACGAUGAGAUCUUCACACAACACCUAGCAAAUGAGCGUGCCACCUCGAGUGCACAAUGCACAAAACUGCCCCUCAAUUCAAAAUCAAAACCAAAACCCAAGCUCAAGGCGCCGGCUAAGAAGACGAAGCGGUUUCUCCUACCGAGCACGAUCACGGAUAUUAAGCAGUCCGUGCAAAUCGCAGAUAAGAGACCAUGGUCUCAGCGAUACGCACCGGCAUCAGUAACUGAAUUGGCCGUUCAUAAGAAGAAAGUCUCGGAUGUGCGCUCCUGGCUGGAAGAUGCCUUUUCUGGGAGGCGUUCGGAGAGAUUACUUGCCCUCCGAGGACCAGCAGGAAGCGGAAAAACGACGACGAUAUCACUUUUAUCCGAAUCAAUAGGCUACGACAUCAUCGAAUGGAAGAAUCCACCGGCGUCGGAUUUCGGCUCGAGCAGCUAUCAGUCCAUGAGCGCUGUCUUUGAGGACUUUCUAGGCCGAGGUGACAAGUUUGGUGGUCUGGAUCUUGAUGACCAUCUUCAACACGAUAAGCGUAUCCUGCUCAUCGAGGAGUUUCCUUCCAUCCUGGGCCGAUCUACUGCCCUCAUGGCUUUCCAGACUUCUCUCCAGCGAUACUUAGCCGGUGCAAGAACUGAUCAUGCGCGCGGAUUGAGCCAUCCGCCUGUCGUGAUCAUUGUUUCGGAGACUUUGCUGGGGUCUGCGUCGUCGGUUUCUGAUAACCUGACUGUGCACCGUUUACUGGGACCGACGGUAUAUAACCAUCCUGGGACGACAAUCUUGGAUUUCAAUGCCAUCGCGCCUACUUUCAUGUACAAGGCUCUGCGGUCAAUUUUGGAUAAAGAGGCAAGGGAGUCGAGACGCAUGCAGAUCCCUGGUCCCAGCGUUCUUGAUCGGAUCUCUGAAAUUGGAGAUAUCCGCAGUGCCAUUUCGUCCCUCGAAUUUCUUUGUUUGAAAGGUGAUGAUGACGGGAAUUGGGGAGGAAGUGUUUCGAAGAAGACUCGUGGCGAGUUCGCGCUUACGGCAAUGGAAAAAGAGUCUCUUAAGUUGAUCACGCAGAGAGAAGCCAGUCUGGGCAUGUUCCAUGCUGUUGGAAAAAUCUUAUACAACAAACGCAUGGACCCAAGUCUGAUAGACGAUGAUAGUUUUGACAUUCUUCCACCUCCACCGGAUUACUUGCACCACUGUCAUCGACCGAAAACUUCACAGGUAAUGGUUAAUGAGCUGGUCGAUGAGACCGGAACCGAUAUCUCGACUUUUGUCAGCGCCCUUCAUGAGAAUUAUAUCCCGUCCUGCGAGGGCGAUGAGUUCACCGAUACUUUUGGCGAUUGCAUCGAGGCGCUCUCUGAUAGCGAUAUUCUCAGUGCGGAUCGGAAAUCUGGAGGUGCUCGCACUGGGAUAGGAACGGGAAUCAACACUUUCGGCAGCGGUAUUGACGUUCUCCGGCAGGAGGAAAUGAGUUUUCAGGUUGCGGCGCGGGGACUGUUGUUUGCGCUGCCAUAUCCGGUCAGGAGGAAGGUUGGUAACGGUGGACGGCGGGCUGGAGAUGCCCACAAGAUGUUCUAUCCUACUUCUCUACGACUAUGGAGGGAGGCGGAAGAAAUCGAUGGAUUGGUGGACUCAUGGUCCAAUAGACUUCUCAAUCCAUUGCAACAGUCUCAAACUUCCGAACUCACAGGCGUCAGUUCCUGGAAGAGUCUGCAAGUUGGAAGAUCUGAUUCGGCUCAAAAUCAAAGUGAAAGUGUGACCACCAUGAUGCCUCGGCAUGAUCUGCUGCUUCAUCAAUUGCCCUAUAUGGCUGUCAUUCGAAGACAAGACCCAGAUUGGUGGCAACUGAAUAAGAUCACCAGUGUUGGAAAUGGCAUUCGCAAUGAUGAGAUUGAGGAUACGGAGUCAACUCUACGGGUGAUUUCAUCUCAUGGAGAAGAAGAGAAGUUGAUCCUCAGUGAUGAUGAUAUUGUGGAUUGA